ACCAGUUUUUGCCUGCUGAGGCUCUAAGACCGCCCACCAUCUCUACUCAGCUGGUUGGAAUUAUCCAGGUAUCCUUGAAGUCAAUAUCUACGCCAUUCAGAUUGCACACACCAGUACCUCAUUCUAUAUCUGCAUCCUACGCUGCAAUUUCCGCUUCGUGCAAUACACGAGUUCAGAACGCCAGCGGACAUCCGUUUAAUGACUUUUCAUGAUCUACUUCGCCGCUUGAUGAUCUAAAAAGCUUGAAGAGGCAUUCUAUGCACCCCUCGGGUUUUUUGGUAAGAAUCAUGGGAGAUUAAGAUACACUUGUUACUUGUCAAUACUUUCUGGAUGGUUAUUUAAGCCGUGUUACUUGCAUUCCCUUCCACUUCGCACAGGUUUUAUUCGGAUUCUUCACUGCUUCAGAAUGCCCUUCAAGUCGAAGCCUCGUAGAGAUCAUUGGCAUGAGGUUCUGGGUGUCAGCGACGAUGCUACUCGGGACGAAAUCAAGGCCGCUUACAAAAAAUUAGCACUAUCAUGGCAUCCAGAUCGCCACAUGGAUGAUAAGAACCUUGCGACUGCAAAGUUUGUGGAGAUCAACAACGCGUACCGCAUCAUUAUGCGCGAGCGUCAUUUUGAGCUUGCCAACGUGUCGGUCCACGACUUGAAUCAAAUCAGGCCUCAAUUUCAAACUCGGACAAGUACAGAAUACAGCGCGUCUCGCACUAGAGAAUCUUCCGCAACUUUAGGGUCAUUAUCUUCUUCAUCCCGUCAAUCAAGCUUCGAAUCUGUGACUACUGCCCCUUCUACUUCUCGAUUCAGCAUGCGGCAUGCAUCUACGAGCUGUGAUGCUCUGCCAAAUAUGGCUCAUGGGAAUUCACCCUCUUAUCCUCGGGCUCCUCCACAACAAUCUAUCUCAAACGUGCUCGAGUCUCAUCAUUUUCGAAUCCCCGGGGAACCGCUUCCUAUCUUCUCCGGACCAUUGACUGAUAGCCCAUUGCAAACCAAGCUGCCUCAUUUGCCUCGCAGAUCAACGGAUGCUUCGAGUUUUAGCGAGCAUAUUCCAAUGAGUCAAAUCACAUCCUUCAAAAUGGCGCCAACCGACAAUCUUCAUCUUCAUCCUGCGUACAAUCCCCCUUUUGCCUCGAUUGGCGUGGGCACCUCCAAAGAGUGGAGAUAUUCGCUAACCUUGACACUCGAGGAGCUUUUUCAAGGUCGAAUCUGCCCAAUUCGUAUCACUCGACGUUAUCUAUCAGGGGAGAAGAAAAACGUCGUCCUUGAUGUCGACGUUCCCCCUGGUUCUCAGCCUGGUGCUCAGAUCGCCUUUCGAGGCGUUGGACACGAACGUAGCCCUGGGAUGUUUCAAGAUGUUGUAUUUGUGGUUGAACAAGCUGCACAUGAUCGCUUUGUCCGUGCGGGUGACGAUCUCCUUGUGGAUACAAAGAUUCCGUGGUCAGAGAAUUUGAACAAUCAGGAUGGCCGACUCUGUUUUCCUGGCAUCGACGGGAAGCUUUUGUGCAUUAGAAUUCCUCGUCCGGUGAACAGAGCUCGGGUCUCUCUUAAUGGAUCUCAAAUCGUGUGCGGCGCUGGAAUGCCAAUCUGGUUCGGGGCUAAGAAGGUCGGAAGAGGGAAUCUUGUUGUACGGUGGGAAAUACAGAUGCCCCAAAUGUCUCGCUGGGAUUUUUUAAAAUCCAGCUUUAGCUUUUAUCGAAGGUGACGUGGUGAGAUAUAAAAUCAGGGGACAUUGAAUAAUUGCUCCUACUCGCUCUUAUGCUCAACUAAAAUUGGAGAUGGAGACUUUGAAUCAUUUAUA